AAAGAUAAGUCCAUACUUCCCCAGUUUCUCAAGCUCUCACUGGUGGGGUCACGGGUAGGAGGGCGAAGCUGAGGAACAAGCAGGGUGUCUAGAGCUGUCUGCCCAUCCAGUUUAGGCAGACUUCCAGGGGAGCGUCCCCCGACCAUGGGUUCUGACCAGUCUAGCGCGGAGCCCGACUCCCCCAUGGCCUUGGGUGUCUCCCGCCAGGUGGCCUGUGCCCUCCUGAGCUUGGCCUUCGCCGUGGGCGUCCCGGGCAACUUGGCCGUGGUAUGGACAGUGUGUCUAAGGAUGAAAGCUCCCCCGCCGACUGUACUGCUGAUUCUCAACCUGGCGGCGGCCGAUUUGCUGGCGCUCCUGACCGUGCCCUUCUGGAUCUACGCGCUGGCCGGCGUUUGGAGCCUGGGGCCAGUCGUGUGCCGGACUCUGGUGUGGCUGGUAAACGGGUCCAUGUUCUCCGGCGUGCUGAUCGUCUCUCUGCUGAGCGCAGAGCGCCUGGUGGCCUUGGCCCGUCCUUUCCACCUGCAGCGCUGGUGGCACCUGGCCGGGGCGCGCAGGGUGCUGGCUGUCCUGUGGGUCGCAGCCUUACUCCUGGCGGCACCAGCCACGCUCACCGCGGACCCCAGCCACUGCCUGCAGCGCCAAUUCUCCUCGGGCCAGCAGCUGGUGACGCUUCUUCUACUGGAGACAAUGGUGGGCUUUGUGGGGCCCUUCACCAUCAUCGCCGUCUGUUCAGCCUGCGUCCGUAGCCAUUUACGCAAGCUGCACCACCCUAGCAGGCGCCGGGCCAGCCGGAUCGUGACCGCCGUGGUGGUUGCCUUUGCCGUAUGCUGGCUGCCCUACCACAUGUCCAACGGGGCAGCCGUGGCCGCCGAGCUGCUGGAAGCCUCGUCGCCGGAACUGGUCACCUGGCUGGACUAUGCGGCCAAUGUGGGUCACAGCAUCUCGGCGCCCCUGGCCUUCUUGGGCAGCUGCAUCAACCCUCUGCUGUACGCUUUCGCCGCCCGUCGGAUCGCCAGGGCAGGGGGCUUGGCUGGCCUUUUCGCCCGAAUGGUCCCCAGUUUCUACAGCGAUGGAGCCCGUCAGGUGGCCAACCAGAGUUUCAGGGAAAGCGCCUCUGGCCAAGCUUUGGGUUUGAAUGGUCCUGACUCUGCCUCCUAAGUGAGGCAGGUCCAAUUCCCACGGACGCCCUCCUCUGUCAUCUUCUCUCUGCCCCUGCGGUCGAGAGGUUGGGGAUAGCUCUAGGCUUUGGAUUGUAAAUAUUCACAUUUCCAUAGUGAUUAAAGGUUUAGAUAGGGCUUCCCUUACAACACGCUUAAGAAGGGGCUAGUGCAGAUAUGAUUUACCCCCAUUUUACCGAAGAGAAAAUUGCGACGGAGAGAUUUAGGAAUCUUGACCAGAGUUUCAAGGCCAUUAAGUGUCAAAGCUGGGAUUUGAACUCAGUCUAUUGACUUCACGUCUAGGCUUUUCCCCAUUAUCUCACCCUGCAGAAAUAUACAUGGAAAGAGAGAACCGGGGAGACUGGGAGGAGGAAGGCCACCUUUGGGAUGGGAGAAUUCGAUAAGAUGAGUAGGGUUGGUGACAGGGAAAGAGUACUGCCCUCUCUCAAGAAUAAAAUUCAACAUAGUUUUUAUUUCAUAUUUUAUUUUUCCCUUAUUACAUGUAAAAACAAUGUUAACUUUUUUUUAAAUUUUGAGUUCCAAAUUCUCUCCUUUCAUUUUCUCCCCCUCCCCCAUUAAGAAAUCUAGCAAUUGGAUACAUGUGCAGUCAUCAACAUACAUUUAUUAUGAUCCUAAAAUUGCUAGGCAUUGGAAAAUAGAAAGAUAAAAAUGACAUCAGUCCCUACCUUUAAAGAGUUUACAUUCUGAUAUGGGGGAGGGGAAUACCACAGGUAGACAAGUAUAAUAGAAACCAGUAAAGGAGGCAAAGGAGAAAUCCAGACCAAGUGCUCUAGGAUUCAGAUCAGUAUAGCCACCUGUGGUUGGUUAUACAUUCCAGAACACCUAUCUUUUGACACAGAGGUGAUGAACUUAAGGUGCAGAAUGAAACAGAUUUUUGGACACAGCCGAUGUGGGGAUUUAUUUUGCCUAACUGUAUAUUUUUAAAAUGUAUUUUUAUUUUGUUAAAUA